AUGAAACCUUUUAUAUCGUCUCCAAUUUACACAGCAACAAAGCAUGCUAUUCUUGGUUUAAGUAAUGCUUAUGGAGUAAGCAUAGGUAGCUUCUUUCAGAACAGAUUGGAUCAUGUUGCCAGUGAAGCUAUACCUGUUAUUUUAAAUGCAUCAUCAGGGAGCCUUUGGAUUGUUAUGAAUGAUGAAAUACCAGGAGUUUUUGUUAGAAAACUAGCAAAACCUUAUUAG